UGGCCAUGUUUGCACCAAAGGCAUCCUUGAAGAACAUGUUUCUCUCAUCUCGUUCACGACCCACCAGACCAGUCUCGGCACCCAAAGCGCCGACUCCCUCCUUGCGACCCUGUUGACAAAGACGUCUGCACGACACAAGCACACAACCAUGGCAACAUUCCCGAACGCCAUGCUCCUCGCUGGGAAAGUGUGCGCAAUCACAGGUGGUGUUUCUGGUAUCGGAAGAGCAAUCGCCAUCGAAUACUUGCGACAAGGCGGCGCCGUCGCAGUGAAUCACCUGGGCGAUGACAAGUCCACCGAGCUGUUCAAAUCUCUCAAAGCCGACGUACCCAAGGACGCGAAACUGAUUGGAAUCGGCGGCGACAUUGGAAAGCCCCAGACUGGAACAGACUUCGUCAAGGCGACCGUCUCUGAGUUUGGAUCGCUCGACGUCUUUGUCGCAAACGCUGGCGUGAGCGUCUUCCACGACUUCUUAACUACCGACGAGAAAAUGUUCGAAUCGCACCUCCACGUCAACACCCGCGGCACCUUCUGGUCGGUACAAGCAGCGGCUCGACAAAUGGUGGCACAAGGAAGAGGAGGAUCAAUCAUUGGCGUCGCCUCAAUCAGCGCGCUUCUUGGUGGAAAGCAACAAGUCCACUACACUCCGACAAAGGCCAGUGUCUUGAGCAUGAUGCAGUCGGCUGCUUGCGCUUUGGCAGAACACAAGAUCAGAUGCAACGCACUGCUACCUGGACACACUCGUACACCCAUGAGCGCCGACGACCUGGCUAAGCCUGAGAAGCUGAAGGCUGUGAAUGAGAGGAUUCCGCUCGGACAUGUCGCUGAACCUCACGAUAUGGCAGGCCCUGCUGUUUUCCUUGCAAGCGACAUGAGUAGCUACGUUACCGGUGCACAACUCCUCGUCGACGGCGGUCUCUACGUGAACCUGCAAUGAAAAUACACACAUCGUACAAUCAAAAACCUACACUUUGUUGCUUCUCUCAAUCACAGUUCGCAAGGGCAAUAAAGAUGUGGAGGAUCAUACAAUCUGCAAUCCAAGCUUUACAUUCUGUUCGCGAGCUGUGCAAGUAACAAGCGAUGCUUUGCUCUGCACUCCAGCUCGUCAAUGAGAUCCUCCAUGCCAGACGGGUUGCUAGGCGUUGGUCUGGGGCUUAAGGACUGCGCG